AUGAGUGCGACGCUUGUUGCAUCAUCAAAUCAGAUGUUUUCAACUUUCGGCCAGCCAACGCGGAGUCCGUCUCCAGCGUUCAAUCCUUUUGCGACGAACUCCGAGAACAAAGGCAGCGCAUUCGGAAUUGAUAGUGCAGGCGACUCGUCAAAGACGAAGCGAACCAAGCGAUCAUCAGCAUUUGGCGACCAGAGCGACAAUGAAGCAAAGCGCAAGGCGAAUAACCGGUUCAAAAACAAGGAUGCCAAUCUGAGUGACGGAGGCGGCAGGAACAAGAACCGGAAAAGUGACGAAAAAAAGAAUAAUACUGAUCCGAAGAAAAACCCAUUCAAUACUGCCACCUUCUCCAGGAAGCAAGCAGGACAAAACACGCGGGGCAAUGGAUCAACUCCUUUUGUGGCGACGCGUAACGAGUCGCGACCAACUUCAUCAUCAAGCGCCAACUCCGACGAUGAGCCUAUCCCCGAUACCUAUCAUUCCGACGAUCCGCAAGCGAAAAGGGUGUACGAGCAACUGCGUAAAGAUGGCAUUCACCCUCCUCAGUGGCCUUCUCAACCUGGGAAUCCCAAGAAUAAGGCUGAAGUGACAAAGUUCCGCGAGAAAUACGAAACCUACCGCAAUAAGGCGCGCGCAUCUCUGACGAAGGCCGGACUCAUCGAUGACCCAGAUAAGCGCAAAACUCUCCAGGAUGCUAUCGAUUUCAAAGGCAUCUGCGAGGAUAUGUGCCCUGAGUACGAGAAGAUCACGCGAAUUAAUGAAAUGGACGUUCAUCAGCCCGAAAAGAACCCCAAGACUACAUACGCGAAUACUCGUCGCAUGGUCAAGAAGCUCGCUCGCUCCGCCGCUGGUCAAGAAGCGCCAUUGCCCAUGGACGUUCGAUCCGUGCCGGCCCUCAAAAGGACAUUGGACUAUUUGAUUGACGACCUGUUACGUGACGACGGCAACCUACCAGUCUUGCAUGGGUUUUUAUGGGACAGAACACGCGCAAUCCGCAGAGAUUUCACCUUCUUUUCGUCACUCACUCCCGACGAAAUGAAGAUCCAGGUCUAUGUUUUGGAGAACAUCGCGCGAUUUCAUGUUACGGCACUUCAUCUUCUCACUCGAGACGGCAAAACACCCGAGGACUUCGUGGAACAGCAGGAAUUAGAACAGCUUGGGAAAGCCCUCUUGUCCCUCCGCGACGCUUACGAUGAUUGUAAUGAUCAGGGCAUAAGAUGUGAGAAUGAGCCUGAAUUCCGGGCAUACUACCUUAUCUUCCAUGCCUACGAUUCGAACAUCAUAGAAACGUUGCAGCGUCAAUGGAAACCUGCCCUCUGGAAGGACUCCAAUGAGAUCCGUACAGCCGUCCUACUCGUUGAGGCUCUGCAAAAUACCCAAGACUUUCACGGGCCUCUGAAGGAUGCGCCGUCAUUAGCCGCAUCAGCUGCAUAUCAAUCAUAUUUCAGAAUAGUUGAGGAUCCUAAAGUUUCCUACACAAUGGCUUGCUUCGCAGAAUGCCACUUUCCCAGGCUUCGUCGCGCUAUCUUGGCCGCCAUCAAUAGAGGUCUCGCUCGGCCUAGGGAGACGUCCAAGGACGUUACUGCCGCUGUUUUGAACAAGUUUCUUCGCUUCGAUACCAUCGAGCAAGCUAUUGAAUUUGCGGAGCUUCACAAUAUCGAAUUUAGCCAAUGCGAUGAGGACCCCUCCGAUGCCAGUCGCCAAUACGCGAAACUGGACAGUCGUGGUUCUUUACCUCACCUUCGUCUUCAACACCAAUUCUCUUACUCUCUUGUCGAAAAGAAGCGUGGCUCAAAAUCCCUACCAGAACUGAUACAUCAAACAACCUAUCAAAGCGCAAAUCCUCCUAAGGCUGCAGUUAACGGUUCAUCCCAAGAAAGCCUUUUUGUUCCAGAAACAAAACCUACUACCGACAAACCAACAAUCCCCACUGGACCCAAAGCUACAACGUCAAACCCAUUUUCAUCAUUUGGCAAGCCUAGUGAAUCUGGAGGGGACAACAAGCCCAUCAAUGGCAACUCAGGUAAGACCCCAUUCCCACUGUUUAAUUUGCGCCAAAGAUUCUGCAUCCCAUGGUUCUCUGCAUGUUCGAUUACAUGUAAAGACCUUUACUUUGCAGGCGAAUAG